AGCAGUAGUAGUAGUAGUAGUAGUAGUAGUAUUUAUUGUAGUUUUUGUAGUAAUACUAACGUAGCGGAUGAGGUUUAAUGGUUCAAAGGAGCGAACACGUUUAAAAAGCGGACAUCAGGUCCAGUUUGGUCCCGGAGCGGCUCUGUUCGUCCAGCUGAUCUCCAGGUGGAGGAAAGGAGCCGAGGAACACCGUCAGUCAUUUGAAUUAAUCUCGGCCAUGACAGAGGAAAAAUGGAUUCUAUGCAAAAGGAAAUCAGAAGCGAAGUGAACCCUCAGCAGGAUGACAGAGCUCCCACAAGAACUCCACGAGGACUUAGAUCUCUGUGUUGUGAUCAGUGCGGGAAGACUUUUACUCAGAGGGGCAACUUAAACAUACAUAAACUCAUCCACAGUGGGGUCAGAGCUCACAGGUGUGAUCAGUGUGGGAAGACUUUUACCCAGCUGAGUAACUUAAAAACACAUCGGCUUUUCCACAGCGGAGUCAGAGCACACCGGUGUGAGCAGUGUGGGAAGACGUUCACUCUGCUGGGUCAUUUAAAAGCACAUCAGAUCAUCCACAGUGGAGUCAAAGCCCACAGGUGUGAUCAGUGUGGGAAGGCGUUCGCUCAGAUGAGCAGCUUGAAAACACACCAGCUCGUCCACAGCGGAGAGAAACCGCACAGAUGUGACCAGUGUGGGAAGACGUUUGCCGUGAGGAGCAGCUUGAAAAAGCACCACGUCAUCCACAGUGGAGUUAAAGCUCACGGCUGUGACAAGUGUGGGAAGACUUUUACUGAGCAGGGAAGCUUGAUUAUCCAUCAGCGUAAUCACACCGACAGCCAACCGUACCACUGUGAGCUCUGUGGAAAAACCUUCAAGCAGCAAUACACCCUGAAGGCACACCAGCGCCUGCACAUCGGACAGGAUGUGUUCUGCUGCGUCCAGUGCUGCAAACUAUUUACUAAGUACUCGGAAUUUAAAGCCCAUGAAAUCACCCACACCGGAGACAAACCGUACCGCUGUGUCCAGUGUGGGAAAACCUACAACUCUGUUUGUGGCCUGAUAGUCCACCGACGAAACCACACCGGGGAGAGACCGUACAAAUGUGAGCAGUGUGAGAAGACUUUUAAAACUUCAAACGCCUUAAAACGACACCGACAGAUCCACGGCAAUGGAGAACAUGUGAGUGCCGGUGCAAACGGAGCAGCACAGAUGGACCCAGUUCUCAGCCCUGUCAGCUCUGUGCCGAUGCUAAAUCCUACCGUUGUGACCGACUAAGAACCCUACGGAGUCACACUGGACACAAACCGAACUCCUGCAAAGAAGGUGGGAGAGGUUUCCCAACACCUGGUUCAUUCAUAGCCCAUGAAAUCAACUACAAACUGAAAAAGCAAAUUCAAUAUAGUCAGGAUGUCUUUGUGUAAGUCGGCUUGACACAACCUCAGUCAGAGAUAUCAGGUAUCAUGAAAGUGGUUUUCAAUUUUCUUUAACUCAGACUUUCUGCUUCAAACUCUGUUCACAUAAAAGAAGGCGUUUAAUGUGUCAUUUGACUCUUCUUCUGCACAAAUAAAAUAAUCAUGUUCAGUCAACAGGUUGUUUAAAUGGAGAACAAUGAGGAACAUAAAAAUAUACGACAGUAAAAAGCUGCGACUGGAAAUGAUGUAAGACUGGAAUGCUGGUAGAAAACUGAUAAACAGCGUAAUAUAUUUAUUUUAUCGAUCAACACAGCUGCACAUUAGGGCUGUUAAACUUAAACAUGAUGCAUUGAAGUGCAUGUAGGUCUGACACUGUCCCAUAAUGAAGGAGAUCAUUUUAAUUCUGACCAAAUCAAAGUGAAACUAAAGUUACUGAUUGAAUAUUCUCCGUAAUAAAUACUAAUAAACUGA